AUGCCUACAGCCUCCACGUGCGACGGCAACGAAGCGAGCGACGGCGGUGUGGUCCUGGAGGUGGGCCUUGGAGAGGUGAGCGAAGAGCGAGGCGUCGUGGGGCAUCACCGCAACAUCAGGAAGGUCUUCACCAACACGCGGGAGCGCUGGCGGCAGCAGAACGUGAGCGGCGCCUUCGCCGAGCUGCGCCGCCUCGUGCCCACGCAUCCGCCCGACAAGAAGCUCUCCAAGAACGAGAUCCUCAGACUCGCCAUAAAAUAUAUCAAUCUCCUCAAUUCUGUCCUCGAGUGGCAGCGGCGGCAGGAUGACUCGUUUUAUCCCCCGCACGACCAGGACAAUUGCAACAACAACAACAACAGUAGCAGCAAUAACAACAACAGGCGAAACGGGACCGUGUUGAGCAGCGGGAACGGCCAGCGCGGGUCCCCCCUCUCCCCGCGCGACGCCUGCAUCAGCAUCGACACGUCCCUUCGCUUCCGCCACCACCUUCACCGGCCUUCCUCCCCGCAGUCGCCGGAGUCGCCGCCGCCGACCUCUUCCACCUCGGUCAUCUCUCCGCCUCCCGAAGAAGGGGCGCAGAGCACGGCGGCGCGAUUUCACCCUUACGUGCUGGCGGUGCGGGUGCGGCCGGGCCUCACGCUCCUGCACCCUCAGGCCAAGAUCCCCGAGGGAGAAAGAGAAAAGAUUGACCGCUAUGUUGAACUUAAGCGGGAACUAAAGAGAAUAUGGAAUUGUAGAGAAAUAAAGAUACUUCCCAUUGUUAUAGGGGCCUUUGGCACUAUCUCUACAAGAUUUCAUUCAUGGUUUACACAAAUCAGCCAAGAUCUGCAAUUUGAUCUCUUACAAAAACUUGCCAAUUAG